AUCUACACCGUGAAGGAUUAUGAGUUGCAGCAAGAUGUUAUGUGUUGCCGGUGAUAAUAGGAUAAAAUAAUAUGGCAGAGUUGUCUUCCUUACUGGCUGCGAAUAUCGCCCAAGGAGACUCUGUAGAUGUCGUUCAUUUAAGGACGAAGUUUACACCAUGUAAGGGACUUUUCGGAGAAAAGGCGAUGAAAUCGGACGAAACACACAAUGCAUCUGCCUCUAAUCAUCUGUUUUUACUUUCCCAGGACCAUCUUUUUGUGUUUGGUUUAGAAAUUAUUGUGUAUGAUACUCAAGAACGACGCUACAUUUUCGUAUCAAAAGCCGACAGCACGGGUUUCCAGACUUCUAAGCUGUCUGUCCUUCGUCCCGCAACUGUUGCUAUUCUUCUUCACUUGGUGCACAGUGAACAUGUUAGACCUGUACAAGCGAAGGAAACUGUAAUUUGCUUCUUUGCCAUUUCUCAGGGUCAAUAUUUGUUUCCCGAGUCCGCGAACAAUGGCAAGAAGCAUGUAUGUUCAGAUACGGAUCUUGUGAAAUGGUGGGUAAAGGUACUUGAAAGUGUGCGAAAACAACUUGAAGACAAUAAAGUGAGUUCUGUAAGCAAAGAGCCACAGCAGAAGCCCCGAAAAGAGAAAUCGCUUGAGGUUAAAGUGGAAGAGUCUGUUACGGGACAUUUAUAUGUUCCGGGUUUUACCAAUCUGAAACAAUUUUUUCCAAAUGAGUUUUGGUUUUCAGACACCGUCUUUGAUAACGGUACGGCCACGAAAUUAAUUCCUCGGUUUCCUGACGAUCCCAAGGCCCGAUACUUGGACGAGUUAGAAUUACAGAAUGAUGACAUGCAAACAGACAAGUUUUGGGAAACGCUGUCCUUUCGACAGGAGUGCUGUUCAGGAAAGCUUGUUGCUUUCUUUUCCCUUUGUAUUCCUCAAGUCUCGACUGUUUCAAAACCUUCUGGGUUACUUGUUGGACCAAAACUUUACCAAAAAAUGUACUCACAAUUGCUACAAUAUUCUUUCGUAUCCCCUGCAGUCACGAAAGAAUCAACGCUCGGUUUUCUUGGGAGUUUGCAAAGAGUGUUCGCCCGAAAGAAGGGCGAACAUUUUCGCGUAUAUGAAACCAUAAACGGUUGCAAUAAAGACACCUUGAAUGAAACGAAACCUCUGAACAAACGUAACGUGAAUUCAGACACAUCACGACCAAUGAAUGUACUAAUACCUCGGAAGAAACAAAAAACUCAUUGA